UUGCUAUCACAGUCAUUUGGGGUAGUAAGAAUUUGCAAAAAUGUAAGCACCUCAUCAGAAAUCAGAAACGUGAAAUACAAUUUACCAGUAGAAGUUUGAUUAGCAAAUGAGGUCUCUCAGUCUGGCUGCCCCCUGUGCCAUAGGAGAGCCAGCAGUGGGCUGAGAGCUUGGCUGGUUUCUGCAUGAGCACAAGCCACACAGAAAGGGGAACAUGGCAUAACAAUGACAGAGCAAAAAUGCACAAAAAAAUGACUCAGCAAGUUCUGUGACCUAUUUUUAUGUCAUCUAAGGUGAUGGUGGAGGAAGAAGGUGUGCUUGUGUAAGGGCAACCCUGUCUUUCCAAGGGACAGGGCUGGGGAAGGAUCAUGGAUUUGUGGAGAUGGGGGCAACCUCAGUGGAGGAGAGCUGAGACUAAGGUCUUUCCCUAAGGCAACACAUGACUUAAGGCCUGAGUCUGCCUCUUGGCUUGCUUUGGUCUCCUUAACCUAGAAAAAGAAUUGUCUUAGAGAAGCAUCAGCAGCUCCUGGGUCUUCACAUGAUGGGUGCAGACCCCAGACUGUGUCCUGAAUUACAGGUAGGGAGAUUUGCACCACUCAUUGUAGCAUGGCUUUCCUGGAGCUCAGGUCAGGGCCAGGGUGGCCUUUCCUCCUGCAACCCACAGACACUGGGUGCUGAGCCAGUUUUGAAAUAUGUACUUGCAUUUGGGUGCUUGUGAAAACCCAACCUUAUGGAUAAAGUGCUCGUGAAAAACCCAGUACCUUUAUCUGCUUAGCAGCACAACUGGGAAAACCUGUGUUUCUGACAUUUCUUGUCAUAUCACCUGAGUCACAGAGGCAGAAACUCUUUGAAGUGCAGUUUACAGUAGUUGCCUGGUGGGGAAUGCCCCUAGAAUUAAUGUAUAAAAAUAGGGAAGUAGCAGUCAGAGGAUCACUCGCUCAUCUCACUGAGCACACAGCUAAGAUGAUGACAGUCACUUGCCUGCUCCUCUCCAGCAUCUGGAUCGCUGCCCCAGCCUCUGUGCAGGUGAUGAACAGAAAGGUCCAGUCAGUCCAGGCAGGAGGAAAUGUUACUUUUUCCUGCCGGUCAGUCACGAAAGAAGACGUGAUACAGGUGACCUGGCAGAAGGAGACAGACGGGGCUGAAGACAACAUAGCAACUUUCAGCACCUUGAAUGGCCAAAAGAUAGCCAAGGCCUACACCAGCCACGUGAGCUUUGCCCACAGCGAGCUACAAGCCUCGGCCAUCUCCCUGCACGGAGUCACCCUCCAGGAUGAAGGAUGCUACAAAUGCAUCUUCAACACCUUUCCCUCGGGAGCUGUCACCGGCAGGAUGUGUCUCAAGGUUUAUGCUAUCUCAGACCCCAAAGUGGAAACUAAACUUAUACCCAGUCCAGACAAAGCUGAGGACUCUGAGAAAAUGGUGGAGAUGAGCUGCUCAGCAACAGGGAAACCAGCUCCAAAAAUAACCUGGCACCUUCCCAGCAUCCUGCAGCAGAAACCAAGGGAGUACCACAUAAAGUUCAGCAACCAGACCGUGACUGUCAUCAGCAAUUUUACCCACACCCACUCCAAAAUCCUUCAGGAGUACCCCAUCACCUGCAUGAUCCAACACCCUUCUCUAAACGUGACCCUGGUCCUGCCCACAGACAGCCUGGAGCAGGGUGCAGACAGCAGCGUGGCACCAGCCAUUGCCAUUGCACUGGGGGUGCUGCUCCCCCUGACCUUCCUUCUGCUUCUCACCUGCCUCCUGUGCCACUGCCUCAGGCACCUGCGUGACCCAGAGAGGAACCCAGCCUGGCCCUGCUGGGUACCUUCUGCCUGCACCAAGGCCAAGAAGUGCAGGCAGUACAGAGCUGAAGGCAGAUGGGCUCCUGCAGUGUUCCCCAGCCUCAGUGCAACACUGAACACCUGAGAAGCUGCCCAAGCCACACACACAAGAGAGAAACUCUUAAAAUGGCACUUCAAGCUUCCAAGGAAACCUCCUGUGACUUUCUCCAAGAGAAAUAUAAAAAGGGACAAUUUAUAAUAGAUAUUUAUUUAUUUUAUAUACACUGUAAUAUUCAGUUUUGUAAGAAAAAAAUGUAAAGUAUUUAUUUGAAACUCAGGCUGGCUGUGUGGAUCCACUUAGUGGAACUCAUGCUUUGUAUUUUGGGGGGGGUUAACAUUAUUUAUUACUUUUUGAUAUUUUAACAUUGCAAACUCAAAAGUGGAUGGGGGAUUAUCUGAAACAAGUCAGCAUUUUGUAAGACUGCUGGCUUGGAAAGUGUUGCUGAUGGACCAAAGAAGCCCCCCAGCAGGAGCUGGGCUGCAGAAAACCUGUGGAACAGCCCAGCACAUUGCUCUGAACUUCAGGUGGUGAACUUGUUCCCUAAAGGGCACAAGAGAUCAGGCUGAGACUGCAGCCAGCCUGAACUUAUAACCCAGGUGCCAGGAACAACAGGCUUCAAGCCAGGAGUCAUGAGGAAGUGCCAAGCCCAAUUUCCAGCAGCCUCUCCUGGAAAGCAAUGUAAGAGGCACACAGGUGUUUCCCUCUUUCUCCAGGGGUUUCCACAGCCCCCUUCUUAAUGUCCCUGAUCUUUCACAACUGCCUUGUGUUUCCUGGCAUCCCACCCACUGCAGGAGGAAGCAGGGCAAUAAAAAGGCAGUUGCAGAGGUAAUUAAGUUGUCUAAUGUAUUUUAUUUGUGUUCUGGUACAGUAGGAGGUGAGUGCAGUGGGAAGCAGCAGGCUGGAAGCCUGAGGAAGUAGGUGUUUUAUUUAUUUCCAUAUGGGAAAUAAAGUACCAGUGCAGAGCAAGGGGUGUUCCCUAUUUUGACAAUUAAUUGCUUCUAAGCAGUGGGUCAGAUCUGAGUUGUAAUCUCCUGUAAUUCCCUGAAUUGCACCAUAUGCUCAUGAAGUCUUGUAGAUUUAGGGAAGGAGAAAUGAGCCCACCUGGCUCAUGCUGGUCUUGUGGGAAGCCACCAGGGCAGGCUGCUUCCUCUCCUGGCUUCCUGGAGCAAAUACAUGUAAUCUGGUUUUUCUUCAUCCACAUAUUUCAAAUGGGCAUCCCACAUGAAUCACUAAGAAGUCAAAAAGCCAAGUGAACUAAAAUGAAAGUGAGUGAAUUGACAAUGAGUAAACUUGGUCUUUGCUAUAAAAUACUUCUUUUAGGCCCCCCUAGCACCUAGAAAUAGCACAGCUGAUGAGUGAGGGGAAAGAGGAACUGGCUGCAGCUGUUGCAAUUGGGGUUUUUUUCUCUGUAGCCCCCUAAUUGUCAAAGGAGGAAGUAAUAGUAAUGGUUUGUCCAAACUUUUCCACCAUUACUUCUUUUCAUCAUUUCUUCCUUGAUGGGGGAAGAAGCCAUGGGAUUGGAAGGUUUUCCCCUGGCUUUGUGGAGGGCAGGAAUGGGGUGGAGACCCUGGCACCCUUCUUGAGCAGGCUGUGUGGUCUUAGCCUUUGCCUUUCUGCAGAGUUUGCACUUGCAAUUUAGAGCAGUUUAUUUGAGUUUUAACAUGAGGUUUCUGAUAGUAUUCAGACUAAGGUUUUGUUGUUUUUAUUGUUUGCUUCAUUGGGGUUUUUAAUUUUAAAAAAAUAUCUUGCAGAAACAGGGAAUUGGGGCAUGGGUAAAGAAAAGGAUCUCCUGAGGGAAGAGAGAAAGGCACAAUGCCAGUGAGAAAUCUACUCUAACUCAGGAAAAUGGCAGUGAUUUAUUUCUGUUUUCUACAAGCUGAUCACUUGGAAUGUGGGAAAGCAGGGUGUGGAGUCACAAAAGUAUCUGUUUAUGUAUGGGUUUGUAGCUUCUUUUAUUUUUUAUUUUUUUUUUAUCUGAGUUUAGAAAUUUUUAAAGCUUUUAGAGGUUUCUGCUUGGGUGAGGGAUGCAAUGGCUUACAGGUAAAAUUCUGUACAAGAUUUACUUUUUCAUUCCUGAUAUCAGAAUGAGAACAUGACAUCCAGUCACAGAACACUUAAAACCAAUACAUGUUCUUACCUUUAUGCUAUACAAAGCCAUCUACUAAGAUGCAGUGCCAUAAAAUGCUGUGUGCUACUGCUGUGGUGUUUGGCUUCAUGUAGCAAUGAAAUGAAUGCAAGAAUACAGAUUAUGGAUAAUUGGCUGGCUGAUAGCUAUGGGGGAAAGAAGAAUGUGAAAUGAAUACAAACCAUCUUUUGUGGAAUAAACAAAAGCAGAACUGAGGGAAUCAGAAGUUUUGGCAAUGAAUGAUGAACAUCCUAACUGCUGUUAUGAGAUUUCUUUGAGAUUAGUUUGUGCUUGUCUGUCCAGUUACUUCUGUUAACAAUUUGUAAGAAUUCCUUGGAGGUUAUAUUUCAAAUGGGUUUAUACAGAUUUGUUUUAAUAAAUGUAUGAUUUUAAUAAAUGGGUGGGUUUGAUCCCCAAUUCCUUUUGUCUGCUGUGGCCCGGCGUGGCUGUAGGUGGAAGUGGUAGGUGAGGUUGGUGUGGAGCUUGAAAUGAGAAAUAGAAAUAAAACUGGUAGGAUAUUUAAGUGAAAUAGACUGCUCUAUUUUUCUG